AACCUCUAAAACUUUUAAUUUAAACUUUAAAACACUUACAAAAAUUAAAAUGUCAACUAUAAAGCGUAAAAAUAUCAAAGAAAUUUCGAAGGAAAAAAGUAAAAUAAUUGAAAAUGAAACUCAUUCUGAAUUAACUACACCGUCGCAAAAGGAUGUAUCCCAAAUUUUAUCAUCAUCUGUAGCAGGAGCUUCUUCACUUGUUAUGUUACAACUUAUUAGCAGAUUGACUACUUUUGUUUUGCAUCAAGUUGUUUUACGUUACACAGAUCCUGCAACAUUUGGAAUUGCAUCAGUGCAAUUAGAAUUGUUAUUGGCAACAAUCUUGUUUUUAUCUCGCGAAGGAUUUCGGUGUGCUUUAUUGAGAGGUAGUGGUGAUACUAUUGUAGUUGAUUCUGAUGGAAAAUCAUCUGAGAAAUCACAAGAAAAUUCGAAAGGUCCGAUAAUAUUUGCCAAUUCAUCUGUUGGAUCCGUCCAAAAAAUAACAAAUUUAUCUUACGUUCCAAUUCCAAUCGGGAUAAUUACAACAUUUCUUGCCUGCACAUUUUAUAUCUUUUACGCAACAGAGGAAUCAUUAUCUGCACCAUAUUAUGUUAUUUCGGUAAUACUAUAUGGUUUAGCAGCAUUUAUUGAAUUAAUUAUUGAGCCACUUUACGUUGCUGCCUUGAACAAUUUAUUAUUCACUCUUAGAGUGCGUUGUGAGAUAAUUGGGGUAUUUCUUCGUUGUUUUAUUACAUUCGCAAUGACAGUCAUAGGUGCUCCAAAAAAUGGUGAAAAGGGCGAAAAUGCUUAUGGAAUUUUAGCAUUUGCAGUUGCACAGGUUGCUUUUUCUUUAGUUUUGAUGAUAGGUUAUAUCGGAUAUUUCAUAUCAAAUUGGGAUAUUCAAUUAUUGAAACCACAAAAAUUACAAGAUGAAAGACAAAAGGUAUUCUGGUUUGACGAACAUUUGUUUAACUUAGCCAAAACAUUUACAAAGCAAUCUUUGUUAAAACAUGUCUUAACAGAAGGUGAUAAAAUGUUAAUAGCAUUAUUAAGUGAGCCAGUUGAUCAAGGAAUAUAUGCAUUUGUUUUUAAUUACGGAUCACUGAUUGUGCGAAUAUUGUUUCAACCAUUGGAAGAAACGACUCGUACAUUAUUUUCCAAACUUUUAACGCGUGUUGAUAUUCAUAAUGACGUUAACGAUAAACAAAAAGAAUCAGAAGCAGAAACUUGUAGAGCAUUAAUAACAUCUUUACAAGUUCUAACAACUUUAAUUAAAUUUCAUAUUUUACUUGGACUUCUUUUUAUUGGAUUCGCAACUAAUUAUACCGGAACUUUGAUUGAUUUACUUGUAGGUUCUGUAUGGUCCCAAACACCCGCACCACUUGUAUUAUCAGUUUAUUGUAUAUAUGUUCCAAUAAUGGGAAUUAAUGGUGUUACUGAGGCAUUUGUAGCAGCGGUUGCGUCAGAAGAAACUUUAAGUAAAUUAAAUUAUUGGUUAAUUGCUUUUUCAGCAGGAUUUGUUGGAGCUGGUGUAAUAUUUAUGAAAGGGUUAUCCGCUGGUGCUAUUGGAUUAGUUGCAGCCAAUGUAGUUAAUUUAUCAACACGAAUUUUAUGGAGCUGGAAUUUUAUUAGAUCUUAUUUUUUAAAUCACCGUGAUGGUAGACAGGAAACGAAUGAAUUGAAAAGAAUGUUAUCUUUAUCCAAUUUAUUACCUAAUUAUUUAGUGUUACUAUCUUUUAGUUUAGCAUGGAUUAUAACUUAUUUUUCUAAUCAAUUGAUUGGUUGGGAAACUUUGGAUGCGAAGAUUAAACAUGUUGCUGUUGGUGGUGUUUGUGCUAUUGUUGUCGCAGGAAUAACGUAAUCAUUACUCUUUUCUAUAUUUUUUGGGAAUUUUUUUUCGUAAAUUCAUUAACCAAUUAUUAUUUAUACUUAGGUAUUUGCAAGAAAAAGAAUUUAUAAGAGAUUCUAUGAAACUUAUUCGUGGUAACAAGGCACCAAAUAAGCGAGAAUAAUUUAUGAAUAAGAUAAUUUAAUGUUCUGAUGCUUAAUAAUGUAAAAAUUAUUAUUAUAAAUUUGUAUUUAAAUAAUUAAAGUGUAAUAAAUUGAAUAAAUUG